AUGAAGUUGUACCUUCUCUUCUUCUUUUUCCUCAGCCUCCACGCCCUCCCUAAUGGACCCAGGGCAGCGUCGGACAAACCUCCGUUUUUCCUUCUUGCAGGAGACAGCACGACAGCUGUUCAAACGACAAACGGCGGAGGCUGGGGGAAUGGGUUCAUUGAUACCCUCGCCAAGGGAGCCAAAGGCCACAACUACGGGCGCAACGGAGCCACAACCGUCAACUUCCGCAGCAGAGGGGACUGGAACACCCUCCUCAAGAAGGUGGAGGAGGUGAAAGCCAAUUAUCAGCCCUACGUGACCAUCCAGUUCGGCCACAGCGACCAAAAGCCGGACGCCAACAUCACUAUCACAGACUACACGAGCAACCUCCAGGCGUAUGUUGGGGAGGUGCGGAAUGCGGGGGCAGUCCCCAUUUUAGUGACUCCACUGUCUCGCCGACAAUACGAUAAUUCCACUAUUAUCCGGAAUCUGGAGGACCAGCGGGUCGCGACGAUCAAGGCCGCGAAGCAGACGGGAGCGCCGUAUAUUGACCUGAACAAAGCGAGCACGCUAUAUCUGAAUAGCAUUGGGCCGGUCAAUGCACACACUUACGAUUUGAAAGCGGGUGACUCGACCCAUCUGAAUGUGGCUGGCAGCAAGGUGUUCGGGGGAUUGGUUGCCGGGUUGAUCGUCGAGGAUUUCCCCAAACUGGGCGACGCGGGCUACGGCACAACCUUCUGCGGCUGGUUCAUCGCCGCUCUGUCUAACAGCUACCUGGCCCAGUAUCUCGACCUCGGCAUGUUUCUAGUCCUGGGCGCGACAUUACAAGUCCUCGCUCACGUCUUGAGGACCUGGCUACCCCCAUUUGCCCUGUUCACAGUGACCUUUUUCUUCGCCAGUCUCGGCCAGGCCUACCAGGACACGUACGCCAACACGUUCGUAGCCUCCGUGAAAGCAGCACAUCGAUGGCUGGGAUUCAUCCACGCGAUGUACAUGGCUGGAUGUCUCGCUGGCCCGUUCAUCUCCACGGCAGUGGCGUCAGCGGGGACCCAGUCACGGUGGGAAUUAUUCUACACAGCGCCACUGGGACUAGGCGUUGUCAACUUGGUUCUCGUGAUUCUCGCAUUCAGCGAGUCGGUGCGCUUCAAAUCAAAUACCCAAGACAAUACCGAAUUAAGCCAAGCGGAAGGACAAAAAGGUGCAAUGCAAGAGAUCCAGAAGACUCUGGCGUCGCCGGGUGUGUGGAUAAUCAGCCUGUAUUUUUUCUUUUUCCUCGGCGCGGUUAUUACCGCCGGAGGCUGGAUCGUGGAAUACCUGGUCCACGUCCGAAACGGCGAUCUAAACGAGAUGGGAUACGUCCCAGCAGGAUUCUACGGUGGCGGCUUCCUGGGCCGGCUGAUUUUGGCUGAGCCGACAUAUCGAUGGGGAGAAAGACGGAUGGUGUUCAUUUACGUGCUGCUCUGCGUCGGUUUGGAGUUGGUCUUUUGGCUGGUUCCGAAUAUCAUCACCGAGGCGGUUGCAAUUAGUCUCCUUGGAUUCUUUUCAGGGCCCUUCUUUGCUACAGGUAUUUCGGUUGCAUCGAAGAUUUUUUCUGUGGAUAUCCGCUCCUCGGCGCUGUCGUUUAUUUUUGUGCUCGGCCAGGUUGGAGGAGCUGUGUUUCCGGCUGUUACUGGUGUUAUGGCAGCUCAGGUCGGGGUUGCGGUUUUGCAGCCCAUGCUCGUUGGCUUGCUUGGGGCUACGGGGGUUUCUUGGCUGAUGAUUCCCAAGUCUAGGUUGCAUCAUGAUUGA